AUGACAGUCCUUUCAUGCCUCUCAAUUGGCCUCGCCCUGCUUCUGUCAGUGGCUGCACACCCACUAUCAACGAGAGCACUCUUUCCACUCAGCCCCAGCAUUGACCCGUUUUACAAUCCCCCAGCCGGCUACGAGAAUACCGCUCCUGGAACAAUCUUGCGCUCGCGGUCGGCAGUGGCAUCCUUCUUCGGGCUGCUCCCUACUCCAGUGGUCUCAUAUCAGCUGCUAUACCGCACGACGGCGGUCAACGGAUCUGCAAUCUCAACUGCGACCACAAUCUUCAAGCCGCUCAACGCCAAACUUGACCGCUUCGUGUCAUUUCAUACAGCUUACGAUGCGGCAGCCGUGCAAUGCAACCCAAGCUAUACUUAUCAGCUGGGAGCCGUGCAAACGAAUCUGAUCACAUCCGUAGAGACACUGCUGAUAGAGGCUUACCUGGCAUCUGGCUAUAUUGUGGCGUCUCCCGACUAUGAAGGUCCAGACGCUGCUUUCGCCGCAGGCCACCUUGAAGGUAUGGCUGUUCUGGACGGUAUGCGAGCUGUAAAGGCCUUUAGCUCUACUCUUGGCCUGACCACCACCAACCCGAUGACUGUCGGUUAUGGCUACUCUGGAGGUGCAAUAGCCACAGGCUGGGCGGCGGCAUUACAGUCUACCUAUGCUUCGGAGCUCAAUAUCAGAGGCUGGGCAGCUGGCGGUCUACCAUCAAAUCUUAGUGCCAUCGUCAAAUUCCUCGAUAAUACUGCUUUCAGUGGCUUCCUCCCAGACGCUGUUUCUGGUCUCAGAAAGCCAAGUGCAUACGGCGCCCAACUCAACCCGAUUCUGGAUACGAUCCUCACGCCAUAUGGUCACAGUCUUCUCGACUUUGCAGACAUUAAUUGCGCCGUCAGAGAUAUUCUCAACUUCCCUGAGAUGUCUCUCGAAUCCGCAAAGGUUCAGACUCUCGGUGACCGCGUGCUCUACGAGCCUACCAUCGCUGCGGUACUUGCGGACAACGUCUUGGGUGUGAACGCAACUGAACAUCCCAUCGUGCCUAUCUUGCUCUACCACGCCAGCUCGGAUGAGAUCAUUCCGUACCCUGAUGCCAGGAAGACAGCCAACGAGUGGUGCGCGCAAGGAUCAUCCGUCACCUUCUCUACAUACGCUUCAGGUGGACAUGCUACCACGGAGGUCGUUGGCUUUCCCGAAGCUCUCACAUUCGUUGGGGAUGCUUUCAGUGGUACAGUGCCUAAGGGCUGCAGCAGUGACACAAGAGCCAAUUCAACGCUCGAUCCGCUAGCGCUGGGACUUGAUCUGGAGCCGAUCACCGUGAAAUUGAUUGACGCGAUUGCCCAGUUUGGGCAGAACGACUCGAACAUCAAGAACAAUCUGGAUACGCUGCAGAACUCUAUCGGUGUCUGA